AUAUGAUUGAUGAUGAUUUUAAUCUCAAAAUGAAGUUAUAAUUAAACUUUUUAUUUACAAUUGCCAUUUUUGAAGUGAUUUUAUAUAGACGUAGAUGAUUUUUAAAAUUAAUUUUAAUAUUCGAUUUUUAUAUUAAUUGUUCGUUUUUAACUUAUGUAAUUACUUUAAAAAUAUUAUAUUAAUAAUCUGAUUAAAUGCAUACUUUAGCUUAUAAACAUAAUAAUGCUCAUGAUGACAGCAUUUGGACUUGUGAUUGGGGUGAGAUACACACUUCAAAACCUGUAAAUAGAGAUAACGACAGUAAAGAUGAUGAGUCUGAUGAUGAAAUUCAAGAACUAUCAACAGACUGUAUAGUUACGGGUUCAAUAGAUGAGACUGUUAAAAUUUGGAGUUAUGAUAAAACAACCAAUUUAAAUCUUGAAAAAUCACUUAAUGAGCAUUCACUAGGUGUUAUAUCAGUUGCUUUAAAUUCAGAUUCAUCAAUAAUUGCAUCAAGUGCUUUAGAUGCAACACUUAUGUUAUGGAAAACAUCAACUGGUGAAAAAAUAAAAACAUUUUCAAUAGGACCAGUUGAGUUAUGGACAAUAGCAUUUUCACCUGAUGAUAAUUAUAUAAUAUCAGGAAGUCAUUCUGGUAAAAUUAAUUUAUUUGGUGUUGAGACUGGAAAACAAGAGCAAACAUUUGAUACAAGAGGAAAGUUUACAUUGAGCAUAGCAUAUAGUCCUGAUGGAAAAUACAUUGCAUGUGGUGCUCUUGAUGGUAUCAUAAAUGUAUUUGAUGUAUUGUCUGGUAAGUUGACUCAUACACUUGAAGGACAUGCUAUGCCUAUCAGGUCAUUAUGUUUUUCAUCAGACUCAAAAUAUCUGUUAACUGGAGCAGAUGAUGGUCAAAUGAAGAUUUAUGCAGUUCACCAUGCUGAAGUAUUGGGUACUGUAUCUGGACAUGGGUCUUGGGUCCUAAGUGUAGACUUUUCUCCUGAUUGCAAAAGUUUUGUAUCUGGUAGUGCUGAUAAUACUGUGAAAGUAUGGGAUGUAGCUAAUCGCAGUUGCUUAAAUACUUUAAAAGAGCAUAAAGACAAAGUGUGGUGUGUUAAAUAUAAUUCGACAGGUGAUAAAAUGGUUUCUGUAUCUGAAGAUGCAUCUAUUAAUAUAUAUUCAUCACCUUAAGAGCUAUGUAUUUUUUUUACCAUCAAAAUUAAUUUGUAAUAAAUAUUUUAAUUUUGUAUAUUUACUCAAAAUAUUAUUUAAUAUUAUAAUAUUAAUAUAAAUAUUAAGAGUAUUGUUUUCAAUA